UUGGCAAUGGCGGAAGCAACACCCAGAAAAAGAAGUAAUCACUGGAAACGGUUAGAUAGUGUUCAAGAUGCUGAUAGUUUGCGUCAGGAAUCGAUCAAUGCUAAGCAUGAACAUUUAAUCACAGAAAUUGAAACAUCUGAUGGGCCGCUUGCCACAACUUUAAGAGCUGUUUAUGAUGAUGAUGAGCUGGGAAAGUUCAUGGAUCUGCUGGUGGGCAAGAUCAAGUCCCAUGAUAAAGAGAUUGAGCGUAUGUGCAACUACCACUACCAGGGCUUCAUUGACUCAGUGCGAGAACUGCUACAAGUCAGCACAGAUGCUGCACAUCUUAGGGGAGAAAUAGAUGCCACAAACACUGCUCUGCAAGUAUCAUGUGAACCACUGCUUCAUCGCGGAGACCACCUUAUCAGAUGCCGACAUGUGCAGAAAAAUAUUGCCUCGGCCAUAGAACAGCUCUCUCUUUGCCUACCUGUUUUGGAGAUGUACGGUAAACUCCAAGACCAGAUGAAAGAGAAGAGGUUCUACCCGGCCCUGAAGACUCUUGAGCAACUAGAGCACACAUACCUGCCCCGUGUGAGCAGCCACUGGUUCUCACAGACCAUGGCAGAAGCCAUACCCCAGCUCCGGAACCGUAUCAAGGAAGCGAGCAUGUCCGACCUGAAGGAUUUUCUUGAGAACAUACGGAAACACUCAGCUAAGAUCGGGGAAGUGGCUAUGGGACAUGCUGCUGAGCAAAACAACAUGGACCCAUCAAUAGCUCGUAAAAGAGAAAAGAAAAAGAAGCGUGCCCCAGCACCUCCAAACCCCUUCACGGGUGAGAGGGAAGAUGACAGUGAUGAUGAGAAUAAAUCCCCAGCCCUGGCCGAGCACCACAGCGUAGAUGAAGAGGAGCUGAGUGCCCAAGAUCUGAUAGACUUUUCUCCUGUGUACCGAUGUCUCCACAUCUACACAGUGCUGAGUGAUCGAGAACAUUUUGAGACAUACUACCGUAAGCAGAGAAGAAAACAGGCUCGACUCUCCCUUCAACCACCACCAAACAUGCAUGAGUCUAUAGAGAAUUAUAAGAAAUACUUCCAUGAUAUUGUUGGGUUCUUCGUUGUGGAGGAUCACAUUUUAAGCACAACGCAAGGUCUGGUUAACAGGGCUUACAUGGAUGAGCUCUGGGAAACGUCUGUUAGCAAGAUUGUGUCCGUUCUCCGAACCAACUCUGCCCAGAGCAAGGAGAGUAGUAUGAUGUUGGAGAUUAAGAAGCUUCUAGUCCUGUUUUGCCAUACCCUCAAGGGCUAUGGGUUUAGUGUGGGUCAUUUGUUGGAACUGUUAUUAGAAUUAAGGGACCAGUAUAGUGACACCUUGACGCGUCAAUGGGUCGGAGUCUUCAAUGGGAUCUUUGCGGAAGACAACUACACACCAAUCUAUAUCGAGUGUGAGGCUGAGUUCAUUGCUGUGACAACUCAGUUUCCCUUCCAUGAUGAAGAACUUCAACAGGCCCCAUUUCCUAAGAGGUUUCCGUUCUCCGAGUUUGUGCCAAACAUCUACAACCAGGUGAAGGAAUACAUCAAUGCUUGCCUUAAGUUCUCUGCUGAUCUACAUCUAAGUCACACAGAGAUCGAUGACAUGAUCCGAAAGUCUACAAACCUGUUACUUACACGGACCCUAAGCGGCUGUCUGACUUCCCUCAUCAAGAGGCCAAACCUUAGUUUGCUACAGUUAAUCCAGAUAUCAAUCAACAUGAACUACUUAGAGAAGUCCUGUACACACCUGGAGGAUUACAUCUCCAGUAUCACAGGGGCUGAGAAGGAUAGCGUACAUGCAUCCAGACUUCAAGGGAUUUCCAUGUUUAAGGAUGCGAGAAGCGAGGCGGAGGAAUACAUCUACAAGAAACUCAACAACAAGAUUGAUGAGUUCUUGGAUAUAGCGAGUUAUAACUGGACUAUGAUGGACAAGGUCAGCCACCCGAGCGGCUACUUGAUGGAUCUGAUCGCCUUUCUACAGAGUAUAUUCAUGUCCUUCACAAACCUUCCGGCAAUGGCUACGUUGGUCCCGGAGAAGGUAGCGAAGACGGCGUGUAUGUCUGCUUGUAAACACAUAGCGGGGAGCCUGAUGGGGUUUCUGCAGGACAACAGCGUAACGGCGAUGACAAUGCAGGCCCUGGAGCAGUUCAGCCUCGAUGUCAAGCAGUGUGAAGAGUUUGCGGAGUCCAGCCCGGUGCCUGGGAUCGAGGAGGGUAUUUUGAAGCUUGCAUUUGCUGAUCUCCGUCAACUGCUCCACCUGUUCCUGACCAAGGACUGGUCCUCAUACCUGGCAGACUUUGGAAACGCCCAGGCCAAGUACGUCCGUGUAAAACCACAGGUCGCAGCAAGUAUCAUGGAAAAGUUAAGCAACAGCGAAAAGAAGAAGGGAAAGGUGUUUAGUUCGCUUAGCAAGAACGAUCGAGACAAGAAAAAAUUACAGGAGGAUGUUCUAAAGAAACUACGGGGGCUCAUGAAUGGGCAGAUGGCCACAGGCAUGCAGAGUUGAUUGGUGUGUGGGAGAUUUGUGACUUGACACAUGCUGCUAUUGUUAACUGUUGUUGUUGAAAUAAUUGCAAUUCCACUAGUCCGCAAACCUGUCACUGUUAAUAUGUCUAUUGGUUAAGAAUUUGGAAUAUACAUAGCUUGGCUUGUAACAUUUUCAAAAGACCGAAAGACCAGUGUAAGAAACCUGUCACUGUUAAGAAGUCUAUUGGACUUGUUCGAAGUUUUGAAUAAACUAAGCUUGGCUUGUAACCAGUGUAAGAAUCCAUGCUUAUUCAUACAAAAGUCUGAGUUUGAAUUACUAUCUGAAAGUUGAGUUAUUGGCUUCAAUAGAAUUUUAAAUUUAAUUUUUACCAGACGCCAGAACACACUGCGGAUAAUAAUGGAGAUAUCCUCUCAUGGAAUCUUGUAAAUGUAAGUGACCAUAAUGUUUGCUGGAUCACCAUCUGAUAAAUUUAUUUAUGUUAUAGACUGAAAUUUAUACAUCUUUAAUGUGCACUAGUAUGUAAUUCUUUAGGCAGUAAUUCAGACACCUCUAGGCUGCAUAUAUGGUCAAUUGUGUGUACCAUUUCGGAUCAUAUUUUGAAUGUGAGCUUCCUAUAAGGUAGUGUCAAGACAUUUCCCUUUUUUCCAUUUAUUUCUGGUCAAAAAUAUAACUGUCCAUAAUUGAUGUUUGUCUGUUUUGAAUGCAGCUUUGUUUUUGUAUGUAAAUAUAGCAAUUUGUGGGUUCUUGCCUGCCCAAAGUUGAAUCCUACAUUUAUACUGCCUCAUGGCAUGAUUAAUAUUAGGGCUUAAAAAUGUUUGUAUUUCUGGUUGUAUUUUUUUUAACAAGGAUGGGGAUUUUCUUUCUUACAUUACAAGUACCUUCCACAACUCUUUAAGGUGAAACUAUUUACUUAAUAAGAGAAACAUUUUUUGUUAAGGCAUAAAAUAACUGAUAAAUACACAUUUUUGAACAUUUUUUAGUUUUAGCUAGUCAUAACUAACAGUAGACAGUAUCUAUGUAUGAAAAAAUAGUACCAACUAACAAUCUACGUCAAUUUGAAGCUGAAGGUCUGGUGCAUUCCAAUGAUGGAAUUUAGUAGUAUUAUGUGAUUUGGUGCAUAGAUAUAGAAAAAUAUUACAUUAAUACACAUUUCUGUUAUUUAAAUUGUUGUGUGAACAGUUGAAGAUUGUCAAGCGCUUUCUUGAAAGGACUCUCAUAUGAUAGCAAAGAGCAAGUUUGUUUGUUUUUUUUGUGUGUUUUUUUUUUUUGGGGGGGGGGGGAGCAUUGUAAAUCUUUGGUAAAGGAAAACUAAGAAUAUAAUUGAAACUUGUCUCAUGUAGGAUAUUUAAACAAGUGGUCAAAUUGUCUGUUUUUAAUUGUAUUACCACUUGGAUGGCAACAGAAGAGUGAACUAUUUGCACAUGCCCUGUUGAUAUUACUUUCGAUACUUUCCAUUCCUGAACAGUGCCGAUAUUCAUAAAACAUCUUAAGUCAUUAUUAAAAUUAAUGAAAUACAAGGACCUUUAGUUUGAUAUUAUUUGGUAUUUUAUCAUAUCACCAGUAAUAUGUAACUUAAGAAAAUGACUUACAUUAGGAAACAGCAUAAGAUGUUUCAUAGAUACCGACCCAGUGUUUGGAUAAUGGCACAUUGUGGCUUAACAUGAGAUAUCCCGAUACACACUAUUACACUCUGCUUCAUGUCCUACCUGCUCCACUACCUAUGAGGAGUAUGUAGCAUAAACGAAAUAAAGUAUUGCGGUUGCUAACUAUGAUUUCGACCAAGAUUAACAGAAUUCAGACGGAAAAGUGUUGGAUAUAAAAAGUGUUGUGUUAACACUGAUUUAAUGGCUAAUGCAUUUUUUGCCUAUAUAUGCAAGCUUCUUUCAAAUUGGAGACAGAUUUAGAAAAAAUUAGAUCUAUCUUUUUUAGAUCAGCCGUAUGGUACCAAAAAUAUGUGGUAUGAUUUAUUCUGUACCUGUUACAUUGCAAUUGUAACUUUUGUACAUUGUGUUUGUGAUAAAAUUCCUGUGUUAUAUUUGUUUCUGCUCUCUUGAAUUUUAUGACAUCAUGAUUAUUUGGCUUUUAUUUACCUAUAUGUAUAAUCUUGUGUAGAAUUCAAUUAUAAAAGCUUGUUUAUUUAUUGUGGUAUUUAUUUUAAAAGCCUUUGUAAUGCUUUUAUUUUGUAGGAAAAUUAUGCUUAUUAAAAUGGAAAUGAAGGGUUCUAGUAAUAGAAUAUGUUACCAUACUCUCUCGAUAUUUUAUGUUUAAAGAUGAAAUUUCCAAAAUUAUGAUUAUUUAAGUUCACAUUAUAAAAUCUAUGUGUUAAUUUUUCAUUCAUAAACUUUUUUUUCAGUAAAUCUAAUCAGGUACAAAAGUGUUUAAGCUUUCUUUUUGAUGAAAUAUUUUAUUUGAUCUUUAAUAGAAUAGUUAAACAAUAUUUUCAACACUAGUUGCAUAAUGUAUCAUUCAAUUAUAAUUACAGCCACCACUACUUUUGGCGCAAAGACAAAACAACUGCAUUCACUCAGCACUGGGGGGCCACCUGGAAAGUAAAAACAUGGCCCAUUUCCCUGGCUUCUGCAGGUAUACCCCAAGACCUCGUGGGGCCAUGGUUACAUUUGACUGGUGCAUAAGGGAGGCAUGACUUUAAUAGUUCAUUGAAAAUACUUCCAAAAAAAUAUACCAAGGAAGUUCAUACUUGCAGAACUGAAAUCUUAAUGGAAGCCCUUAAAUAUCUUUUUUUACAUUAAUUGAUUGAACUAGCAUAAAGGGCAUAUGCCAGGGUACUCAAUAAGUUUUGGUUGAACUGAUGCAAAUAGUAGUUACCGACCAGCUCCUACUUAUUCUACUUAAUAUUCACUUAUUUUCCAAAUUUUGAACCGACCCAGUUGCUAUUUGAACCAUCCAUUUUGGCCGGCAGCUGGUUCUUAUUGAGAACACUGAUAUGCUGAAACCAAAUAGUAAUAAAAAAUAACACCUGUACACAAGAUAAGGUGCUUGUGAAAUGUUAAAUUUGACAACUGGUGAUGUUGCUAAGGCCUCGGUUUACAGUUUUUUUGAAAGAAAAACUCAUGGAUGAUGUGAUGAUAGAUAGGCUUGGCCCGUAGAUCACGAAAAUACUUAAGUCAAAUAUCAAUCUUAGUCUUAACUCAAUUUAGCACAUAGCAUCAAAAGUUAUCAAAGAUCAAAUAUGUCUUUACACCUUUUAAAAGCGCAUUCUAUCAUAGAAUAUGUUGAAUAAUGCCUUUGGUCAAGAAGAAAAAAUAUUCUACAGCCAUAAAUGUAUUUGAGUACAAUUCACUGUUUUUAACAAUUACUCAAGUAUAUUUUUUGCUCUAGAAUUAGUUUUAUUUAAAAUAUUGACAAAUUCUUUUAAUAACACAUUCUAUGCGAUAAUACUAUUUCAGCAAGUAUAAAAACCUGCAAGAUUUUGAAUCUUACUAUGCCUUUAUGUGGUAAAUUGAGUUGAGAUUGAGAUUUGACUUAGUAUUUUUGUGAUGUUGGGCUAGUUGCCAUCUGAAGUAUUAAUGAUUGUCAUGCAAACACUAACCUUGGCCAUACCUAAAAACACAUUUAAGAUAUUUAGAACAAACUUAGUACUUAUGUUGCCAGGGACAAUGCAAACAUUCGCUGCCAGGACAACAACUCUGGAUUGGAUACGGUAGUUGAGAAUCAAUUCAAGACAUCAUAGUUUAAUUGUUGUUAAGUAAGAACGUUUGCCAAAAGCUUUUAUUGAGAUGUGCCAUAUGCCAUAUUGGGAAAUGCUUUGUUAUGCUGAAGUUUUCCAGCUCUCUUUUUCCCUUGUAAUUAUACCCCUGUACGUUGUUCAUUGCUAAGUGUAUUGGAAUACCAUUUCAUGUCCAUUCCAUGUGUUAUUAUUAGCUAGGAUAUUACUUCAUCAGUGGUGAUUUUAUACUGUUUCACAGAACAGAACAGAACAUACAUUUAUUCUGGCAUAGACUACAUAGUCUCUCAUCAUACACACAAUUACAGAAAUAUUAAGUUAAAGGUUAAACUACGAUACUUGUUUCAAAAGAUUUUCAUUUAUUCAAACACAACUAUCAUACAGGGGAACCCCGUUGGCUCGAACUCCUAGGGACCGGCGAAAAUACCUCGAGCCUCUGAAACUUCCAGCCUAGUGGGAAUGCUUACCUUCAGUAUAAAGAAAUGGGUCCUUAACAUCCAGUUUGAGCCAAAUAGGAAUAGAGCCAAACGAGUUCAGGGUUCGACUGUAAAUCUUCAAGAAAUUAUGACUUUGGUCUGUAUUGAAAUGGUUCUUCACUCACUGUUGAUCGAAUGUUAUUGGCAUAUCGGCAUCUUGGCUUUGGCCGUUUACAAAUGGUUUAAAAUGCAGUUACUUGUAUAUGGCCAUAUCACAAAGGUAUAUACUCAAUACUAGUAGUGACUUUAUAAUAUAAACAAUAAACAAUGAAUGAGAUAUGAAACUUGUUUGCAUAAAUUCAAACAAAACUAUCUGUCUCCCAAGAAAUUAUGACAGUCUAUAUUGAAAUGGUUUUUUCACUAUAUAUUGAAAGUUCUGUUAGGAUAACUUGAUAAAUUUGUUGGUUGUUGUAAAAUGGGACAUUCAUGGUUAAAUUGAAGUGUAUCCUAAUGUGAAUAUUCGUUUUUUACCGGGGUAUUUAUCACAGAGGAAGUUGGAUUUUUCAUAGAUUGUGAUACUUUAAGCAUAUGCAAUUUUUUGUUGUCAAGUAAUAGUUAAUGACCUAUAAUAGAAUGAAAACUUUUAAAGAUGCUAACACUACUGUUAUUACAGGAAAGUAUGUUUAAAGUUUUGAUGAAUACUCUGAUAUAUUAGUUUAUUUUAUUUGUGUAUUUUAAUGAAUACAUUAAUGAUGCAAAACUUAUUCUGCUAAACUUCUAAAAAGUAUUGAAUACUUUACAUGAACCUAACUACUUCAAUAAAAGUGUUUGGCAGUACUGUAUAACUCAGCCAGAGGUGUUUGUUUUUAUAUAUAAUCAUAAUAUGUAUUAUAUUAUGUAUUUUUGUGAGAUUAUAUGCAUUUUUAUGUAAUAAACUACAUGGUUAAAUAUGGAAAAACAAUUCCUUCACUCCGACUGAUAGGGCCAUCUAUGUUAUUGUAUUUACUGUAAAAGGCGCACAGUAUAGGUUUAUGCUUUUUUUUAAAAUGCAUUUUUAAAAUUUAUUACGUUUAACUCAUUUGUCUUUAAUGAUCAAAACGAAAAAAAUAAAUAAUUAAUUGUGUACAGAUAAAAAAAUAUAAGCAAUAAUUUGGCGUUGUUUUCCUGCACUGGGGAUUUAUGUAGCUGUUAAUGAGAUAUAUUUCUUUUUUUAAAGGCUUACAUUUUUUUUAUCAUUACCAGAAGUUCAAUGAGUUAAAAAUAAUAAUUCAUUAAAAUAAAUAUAAAAUAAUGCAUUUACCUAUAUUGUGCCUCUUGAUAAUUCAGGCAGAAUCAUUCGCUUCUAUAAUUUGCUUUAUUAUUAAGCAGUAUAUGUAUGUAAAGUGUUUAUAUGAAUUUAAUUAUCUGAUAUUUACUAACCCAAUAAAAUGUGCAAUGUGUA